AUGGAUGUCGACGACGGCGAUGAGGGCAGUGCCAGCAGUAAGACCAAGGGAAAGGGAAAGGCGGUUGCCAGGAUUGCCGCUCAGAAGCCAGCCCAGAAGCCAGCCCAGAAGCUGGGUACCAGCACCAGCAGCAACAAGGCGAAGUUGAAGGGGGAAUCAGCCCCAGCGGGAUCGGCGACUGAGCCGAUAGAACUCGACAAUGGCGAGGGCAGCAGCAAGGCGAAGGGGAAGGGGAAGGCUGUCUUGGUUGUACCUGUCGUUGAGCUUGACAUCGACAACGGUGAGGGAAGCAGCAAGGGAAAGAGCAAGAUUCCAAGGUACACGGGGGGCGGAGCGGCCACGAAGACGGCCAAGCCUAGAGCCAAGAGUACCAAUAAGGGAGGCAAGGCGAAUAAGGGCCCGAAUAAGACGGCGACGACGAAGACGACAGCAGCAAAAACGACAGAAGCUACAACGACCGCCGCUGUGGUAGUACCUCCCGCGCAGCCGCAACGCCGCGGUCGCUCUACAAGGACGAGUCUCUCAGCGGCUGCCGAUGCUGAGCUUUACACCAACCAUCCGGAAGCCCGAAAGCUGGCGUCCUGGUUCUAG